AUGGAUGCUGAACGAAGAAGAAGAAACAUCGAAGGUGGUCAUUUCCAUGGCGGACGGGGAGGCAGUGAAGCAGUAGCAGCUGCUACAGCUGAACAUGCUGGGCAGUCCGGGUCGUCCAUGGCUAGACGGUCCGAGCUAGGCAUUGUUUUGAAGCCACCCACAGGCAGUACAAUUAGACAGUCUAUCAAAACUUCGAAAUUGACUAACAAUGAAGCCGAGCAUAAGGUCUUGAUUGCUGGUCUCGAGCUAGCUAAGAGCUUGGGAGUAAAGGUCAUCAAGUCCAAGUGCGACUCCCAACUUGUGGUAAAUCAGGUCAACAUAACUUUUGAGGUUCGAGAAGAUCGGAUGCAGAGAAGGAUGUUAUAUGGACCAUUAGCAAAAUGUUUGGGACCAGGAGAUACAGAUUACGUUCUACGAGAAAUCUACAAGGGCAUUUGCGGGAACCAUUUCGGUGUCAAGUCGUUGGUUUACAAAGUCAUCAAAGCAGGAUACUACUGGAUCAAUAUGGAGAAAGAUACUAAAGAAUUUGUUCGAAAAUGUGACAAAUGCCAAAGGCAUGCGCCGAUGAUCCACAAACCCGGAGAGUAA